GCUUCUUCUGCCGCUCCGUUCAUUUGAAACUGUGUGGGGCCCUGGCCGGGCCCGCAGACUAACUUUGUGCAGAAUGUCAUCAGAUGAGGAGAAAAGUUCAAGUCCAGUUUUGCCAAAAGACUCUGUUCGUGGCAGUUCUAUUUCUUCAGAUUUUCAGGAUGAGUAUGAAGAGCUGCUUCGUUAUGCUCUAGUGACUCCGAAGUUUGAACAGUGUGUCUUGAAGAGGUCAGAACCUGCUUCAGAACUGAGAGCGGGUGACAGGUUUUCAAGUGUGACAGAUGAUGCCAUUCACCGUAACACUCCAGUGAAGGUGCCUUCUGAGGCCAAUAUGGAACAACUUUGCCCUGAAGAGACUUCUUCACGUGGAUCUACCCAUGGUCCAACAGAAAUCCACGAAACCGUAGUGACUGAAUUAACUUUACCUGAUGAAAAAAUAACUCAAAUAGAAAAUAUACUUGAUCUCUGGAGUGGAAGUCUUAAGACAAACGUUCUGGCUGAAUUGAAUAAAUGGAAGCUUAGUUUGAUUGAACAUUACAAGCUUCAAAUGAGACAAGAAAAAGAGAAACAUGCAGCACGUGUGAGACAAUUGAGCAAUGAGAUGGAAAACCUGAAGGAGUUGCUGCGUACUUACGAAAUCUCUAUUGGCAGGAAAGAUGAGGUGAUUACUAACUUGACUCAAGCAUUAGAGAGGCAAAAAGAAAGAGUAGAGUUGAUGAGGAAGUUUACACUGUGGCGGAUUCAGCAUGUUAAAGCCAAACAAGAGGAGUAUGCAAAUAGAAUAGCAGACAGGCAAUUCAGGACAGCUCUAAUGAAGAAGGUGUGGGCAGCGUGGCGCUCUCUUAGUGAAGAAAAAUGGAAAGAAAAAGCAGCAAGAGCCUGUCAGUUAAGGGCAGAAGACAUCUGUGUUGAGCUUACCAAUGAUUAUGAAAACAAAAUUACAGAGCUAACUACUACUCUGGAAGAGACAAAAGCUGAGAUUCUGCGACUGCACAGUGAAAAAGAACAGUAUGAAGACACCAUGAGGAAAGCCUUUAUGCGUGGUGUGUGUGCUUUGAAUCUGGAAGCAAUGACCAUGUUUCAAGGCAAGGAUAGUAGGACAGAUCCUGGAAGGCCACCUCCUUCACAAUAUCACCCGCCCUCACCACCAUCUCCACCAGCAACUACUAUUCAGCUGGAAGACAUGUUUUCUACCCACCUGAGUCAUGCAAGCACUUCUCAGACCAGGCUAGACUCUGAUUCUCCAGCAGUCUUCACUAGCACAGCUGCAGGAUCUGGUGUGGCAUCAACUCAAAAACUGCCCACGGCAAAAGUAAUAACAUCUGCUCAGCAGAAAGCAGGAAGAACAAUCACUGCUCGAAUCACAGGCCGAGCUGAGAUGGGACAAAAAACCCGAGUUUGUGGUAGUUUAGCAGUAAUGGGGGUUGCUCCACCCAUGAGUUCAGUCAUUGUUGAAAAACAUCAUCCGGUCACUCAGCAAACCAUAUCCCAAGCUACUGCUGCUAAAUAUCCUCGAACUGUGCACCAUUCUUCUGGUUCUACCACUGUGAGACCUGCAGGACAAGUUGGGCGAAUGCUUCAGGGCCAAACCCAUAACAGUGUUCGGUCAAUAAAAGUUGUUGACUGACCAAAUAUCUUACUCACCAGUGGGGAUUUUUUACUAAGAUACAAUUUUCCAGUCUUCAGAUUUGAUGUAGCAAGGCCUGAAGUAUGUAUCAUGUUUUUACCAUUUCUAAAAAAAUUUUUAAUUGAAAGGGUUUUUUUAUAGUAAACAUCUGGAGGGGAUAAAAAAAUUUGAAAUUAUGUUCUACCUCCAACUAGUUGAGAAUUUAUUUUAUUAAGAUAAACACUUGUUAUUUAAGGAAUCUUUUGCAC